AUGGCCACAACCAAGUCCCCCACAGGCAGCACGAAGCGCCAGAGCAGAAACAUAUCCCAUCCAUUGCCCCGGCGAUCCACCCGAGGACCUUUGGACGCUCCAGACGAUCUACUGGUAAGCCCCGAGAAGGCUCCUCCAGAAACACCGCCGCCCAGUGUUGCCCAAAGCAAGCAAGAAGUACCACCACCACCUCAGCCGCCAGUCCAGACGAAACCCACCGUUGAUGUGGACCUACAUUUCCUGAAGGACCCAUCAAACUACCACCAGCUCGGCACCGAGGACAUCCCUUCUGCCUUCUUGGACUCAGAGAAUCAACCGCCCCAGGAUACUCCUCUGGAAGAUCUACUGCAGCAUGGCCACUUCAGACGAGCAGCAGGCACAGCCCUGAUCCAGCUGUCUAGAUGUCCCGCCGACGAUGCGGUGCAGAUCUUCCAGCUGCUAUACGUCCGCCUUGCCUGCUUGGUCCUCUUCUCACGAGCAGACCUGGCGGCCGUCGAGGCAGCUUCAUUGACCGACUUUCUUGCUCGAAAUGCUCAUGGGGCGGAGACUGUUACGCCGCUGAUUCCCUGGGAACUGAGGAUCCUACUGGUGAGGCUGCAGUCUAUCGCCGCUGCUGAUGGCGGUAGAAGAGGCAUCAUGGCACUGUAUGCCUUGUCAGCUGAGGUUCGUGCGCAUGUCAGAGAUGCUAGGUCAGACGGGAAUGACCAAGAUCUCGGUCUGUGGGCUGGCCGGUUACGCGAUCUUGGACUGAGGGUAGCAGACACUCUGGUCGAGAUGGGCGAGCUUGAGACGGCAACACGACACCUCGACACGCUCAGAGACACCAAUACUGCUGAGCUGGCGUAUCGAAAAGCCUUGCUGCGGCUUCGGAUCGGUGAUGUCGCAGGUGCACAGCAAACUCUGGAGAAGCUGAACGACGAUCGGAAGGAGACCCUUCUAGCUCUGAUGGACGCUGCGAAUGGUGAUAUUCCAUCAGCUAUGGACAAAUGGCGAAGCCUAGCCGAGCAGCAUCCAGAAGACGCUUCGUUUGCCUCCAAUUUAGCCGUCGGACUCCUGUACACCGGCAAACUGACAGAAGCGCGCCAAGCGCUCGAAGAUCUCGCCAUGCGAUCACCAGCAUUCCCAGGCCUCCUCUUUAACAUCGGUACCAUCUACGAGCUCUGCAGCGACCGCGCCCCCUCCCUGAAAACCACCCUCGCCGAGCGCACAUCUUCCAACACUGCAACCCCCUCAACAGGCGGCUGGGAACGCCUGACCUUCGAAUUCAAGCUCUAA